AUGCAAACGGUGGGCGACGGAGCGGAACUGGUGUUUUGUACAUCGGAUUCCUCCACGGCGAAGCGUUUAGCCUAUCAGUUGAAUUGCGCUCGCACGUACGCGUUGGGCAGUGAAGAAGUUAACGCGACUGCAGUCAGCCCACAACAGCAACAAUCUCAUUCCGGUCCGUUUUCUCGCCUCAGUCGACAGUUUCGUGACACGUGA